CACCAGGAAGAAGAAUCACAAGAAACCCACUUUGGUGAUUGCUUGUAGAGAGCUUUUGAGGGGUGCAACAAUGGUGAUGGAAGGUCUCCAAGAAGAUAUGGGUGAUGGAAACAUGCAAUGUAGAAACCACCCUUACAAAAACAACUCACCAGGUGGGAUCUGUGCUUUUUGCCUACAAGAAAAGCUUGGAAAACUAGUCUCCUCCUCUUUCCCCAUAGCCGUCUUCCCUUCUUCUUCCUCAUCUUCAUCUCCUUCCUUCAGAUCUGACUUCGGUGGUGGAUCCACAUCGACCCUCUCUGUUCGACCCAACCACCCAUCAUCGUCAUCUUCCUCAUCAACCAACAACACCAUCAACAACAAUGACUGUCACUACCAUCAGUAUUACUCGAGGCGAUCUCGAAUACCCUUUCUUCUCACCCACAAGAAGACUAAGAAGAAGAAAGACCUCACUCUCGCUGGUGGUGAUUCGUCUACAGACCAAUCUAGCAUUGUUUUCAAGCGAAGCAAGUCCACCACCACUCCACGGCGAGGGGUUCGUUUCAUGGAAGCGGACGAGGACAGCCCUCGGAGAAGAGGGUUCUGGUCGUUUCUGUAUCAAUCGAAGCACUCUCGUAAUCGUAGAAUCGAUAAUCAUUGUAAAGAGAUUUGCUACGCAUCGUCUUCAACAAUGGGGGCUUCUUCAAAUGGGUCUUUCUCGCAGAGAUCGGCGAAGAAGAGAGAGGAGGUUGUGGUGGUGGAGGAGAAUGAGAGCCCUGAUCAAGCAGCGUUUGAUCGGAAAGUUUCCAGAUCUAGAUCGGUUGGGUGUGGAAGUAGGAGCUUUUCCGGGGACUUUUUCGAGCGAAUCUCAACUGGGUUUGGGGACUGUACUCUCCGGCGAGUCGAGUCUCAGAGGGAAGGCAAGCCUAAGGUCACCCCUCUCCACCGCGGCGGAGGACAGGAUUGUAUGAAAGAGAGAGUCAAGUGCGGUGGGAUUUUUAGUGGGUUCAUGAUCACUUCUUCUUCCUCCUCAUCUUCUUCAUCUUCUUACUGGGUUUCAUCUUCAGCUGAAGAUAACAAUCAUAUGAGUGGCAAGGCGGCUGCACCAGCGAGGCAUCUUUCUCAUGGGAGGAGUAAGAGUUGGGGAUGGGCAUUUGCGAGUCCAAUUAGAGCUUUGAGUAAGCCUUCUUCAACUGGGAAGAGAGAGGGUUCUAAUAAGAACACCACCAACACCACCCCCAACCUCAAUGCCAUUCCUUCUCUGUUGGCUGUGGGAGGCUAAAGAUAUGCUUUUUGAGUUUGCUCAUUAGCUUAAACCUUUAAAGUAAACAUUACAACCUUGUUUUACCUGUGUAUUUCUCUCUAUAUCUCUCUUUUGUAUUUGUCUGUGUUUUGUGUCUGUCUCCUUAGCCUGUGUUUGGUACACUUUCUAAGUUGUUCUUUUAUCAAUUUGGUGUCUUUUUGGUUUGGUUCAAUCCUGGAUUCCAAUUCUAAGAUGGGUUUAUGAGGUUGAUGCAAUUAAACAAUUGGGUGCAAAUGGGUUUUCAAAUUCCCUGUUUAUUACACAAUUGAGUCUCAGCAUGGAUCACUGCCCUUAAGUCUUUUGGUCUCUCUUGUUCAAAAUAUUGUUUUGAGAUUAUUGCACUUCAAGAUUUUCAA